AUGUCUGAAAACAUGAAUUUACAAAAUAUCAAAAUUGUUAAUAAAACAACAGAAAGAUAUUACUAUCCUGUUGUAUUUUAUUUUUGUGGAUCUUCUGAAAGUGGAAAAUCUAAAUUCGUUACUGAAUUAUUUAGUAAUAAAUUAUACUACAAACUAAAAAAAGCAAAAUUAGAACCUGACUACUGGACUGGUUACAAUGGACAAGAAUUUGUAUUAUUUGAUGAAUAUAAUACAAAAAUUUAUUGGAU